AUGGCUUCCAAAACAAGCUCACCACAAACACCAGCCUGGAGAAUAUUCAUCGUCGGUGCUCUCUUCGAGGGACAGGGCCACACCGGCAUCAAUUUCUCACACACGCCCGACUUCUUCGACAUCGGCUUCAUCAUCAUCAUCAAACUCAUCAUCAUCAAACUCAUCACCAUCAAACUCAUCACCAACGUCGAAAUCGUCAUCAUCCUCUCCAUCCUCCUCCAUCACCACCCCCACAUCCUCCCCUUCCCCAUCCUCUCAUCCAAGCCCCACAAGAGGACUGCUUCACCACCAAAGGCCAGCGGAACACCAGACUUCAAAAAUCUGGCAGAAGGUCAGGUCCUUUUCCUGACCGAUAACGGAGCCCCCCAAAGCUCCAUUCUCUGGAACAAGAAGGGCGGAGGCGCACCAAGUGGACAUCCCGUCGUCGUGGUCAAGAAAUUCAUCAACGCAAACAGCGAAGAAGUCACGGGUGCUGCUGCUGAGUACCGACUCUCGACAAUGCCGAAAGCCACCGAUGGCUUAUGCCUGAAGGUCCCCGGCUCUCUCUCGAUAUUGCUGAACGCUACAGACGGCUCAUGCCUGAAGGUAUUCAGCACCAAAUCUCUCUCGACAACGCCGACUGCCACCGAUGGCUUCAUUCCUGAAGGUCCCCGGCAGAUACCUCGACAAUGCUGA